UGCAGACAUUUUUCACUUGAUACUUCUGUCAUUUCUCACUUCUAAAUGUAAAGAAUGAUAUAAGUAUCUGAAAAAUUUUGAACUUUAUUGAACAUUAGAAUAUUAUUUAAUGGAUUGCAGGAAUGAAAAUUUGCUUUCGCGAAAAUGUAAUCUGACUUGAAUUUUGACACAAAAUCGGCUGGCAUUCAUAUUCUCGGAACUCAAUAUAAGCAAGCAUAUCCAUAUAACACACUUACGCGUAGCAUAUGACAACACGUAGACUCAUUACUCAACUGUAUGAUGGAGCCGCUCUGCGUGUAGUCUGCGUCAGCUUUUUUGCACCUCACCGAUACUACUAACGAUAUGUAAUUGUUGUUCUCCGAGUUAUUACAGGUGUUCUGAUCGAUGUGUGACCAUCACUGAUUUUCCGUCUCAUCUUUUUCUAACUCUGCGAGUUCAUUUAAAGGCAAAGAAAAAAUGACGAGUCUCAGAGAAAUGCAAAUAGCUGCACUGAAGCAGAUGCUAAAUUUGAAUGAUCCGCAACCUAGAUCAGAUGUUACAGUUCCAGUAUGGAAAGUUUUAAUUUACGAUAGAAUAGGUCAAGAUAUUAUUUCACCUCUUAUUUCAAUAAAAGAACUUCGUGAGCUAGGUGUCACAUUGCAUUUACAACUCCAUACAGACAGGGAUCCUAUUCCAGAAGUACCAGCUGUGUAUUUUUGUGCGCCAACUGAUGAAAAUAUUGGACGUAUUGGCCAAGACUUACAAAAUAAAUUGUAUGAUGUUUAUCAUUUAAAUUUUAUUUCGCCUAUAAAUAGGUCUAAGAUGGAAGAUUUAGCCUCAGCUGCUUUAAUGGCGGGAGCUGUAGCUAAUAUUCACAAAGUAUAUGAUCAGUAUCUAAAUUUCAUUUCUUUGGAAGAUGAACUUUUUAUUCUCCGACAUCAAAAUAGCGAUAUUAUAUCUUAUCAUGCACUCAAUCGUGGAGAAAUAAAAGAUACAGAAAUGGAUAGAAUUAUAGAUAUUAUUGUUGAUAGUUUAUUCUCAGUUUUUGUGACAUUGGGAACAAUACCUGUUAUUAGAAGUCCUAGGGGUAAUGCAGCAGAAAUGGUUGCUUCAAAACUCGAUAAAAAAUUACGAGAAAAUACUUGGGAUACAAGGAACACAUUGUUUCAAGGUGAAGGUAUUCGACCCCAUAAUCUUUUUAGUUCUGUUAGACCACUCCUGAUUAUCCUGGACAGAAGUGUUGAUAUGGCAACAGUAUUUCAUCAUACUUGGACUUAUCAAGCAUUGGCACAUGACGUUUUGGAUCUUUCAUUGAAUCGUUUAGUUGUAGAAGAAAGUAUAGGCAAAUCAGCUAGUGGUGGUGCACGUUCUAAAACCCGUGCAUGUGAACUUGAUGAUUCUGAUAAAUUUUGGGCAAGUCAUAAAGGCAGUCCAUUCCCAACAGUAGCUGAAGCUAUUCAAGAACAGCUAGAACAAUAUCGUUCUCAUGAACAGCAAGUCAAGAGACUAAAGAGUACAAUGGGCAUUGAUAAUGAAAGUGAUGAAGCCAUAUCUAUGAUGACAGACACAACAGCCAAAUUAACUAAUGCAGUAAAUUCAUUACCACAGCUGUUGGAAAUGAAACGUUUAAUUGAUAUGCAUACAACAAUAGCAACAGGCAUAUUGAAUUCAAUAAAAUCUCGACGGUUAGACACAUUCUUUGAAAUUGAAGAAAAAAUUAUGAGUAAACAAACACUGGAUAAAAGCGUUUUAGAUAUCAUCAAUGACACAGAGUGUGGAUUACCGGAAGAUAAAUUACGACUUUUUAUAAUUUAUUAUUUGUGUACCAAUAUGUCCGAUGCCGAGUAUAAUAAACAUGAGAAUGCUUUGUCAAAUAUUGGAUGUGAUUUAAGUCCUCUAACUUAUCUUCGAAGAUGGAGGAAUUAUACAAAAAUUGCAGGAAUCCAAAAUAGUUAUGAAGGUGGUGGAACAAAAACUGUUAGUAUGUUCUCUAAACUAGUAAAUCAAGGAUCAUCUUUUGUCAUGGAAGGAGUUAAAAAUCUCGUUGUUAAAAAACACAAUUUACCAGUUACCAAAAUUGUUGAUGAGCUUGUAGAUAUGAGACAAUCUGCUCAAACAGAAGAUUAUUGUUAUUUUGAUCCUAAGCAGUUGAAACAUUCAGAUCAGGUUCCAAAGAAUAAAACAGUAUUUCAAGAUGCUAUAGUUUUUAUUGUAGGAGGUGGAAAUUAUAUAGAAUAUCAAAAUUUGAUGGAUUAUGUAAAGCAAAAAGCUAAUGGUGGUACAACAAAAAAAAUUGUGUAUGGUUCAACUACACUGACGAAUGCUAAACAAUUUCUCAAGCAAUUGUCUCUACUUGGACAAGAAGGGCAAUAAUCUAUUUAUACAAGUGUAGAUAUAUUCGCAAGAGAUCUAUAUUUUUCACAAUACUUCUGUAUCCUAUAAAUCUUUAUACUAUAGAUCCAUUAGUUUUUAUGCUGUUGAAUAUAUACAUUUCAUUAAAUGAAUUUUAUAAUUAUUUGUAAACUGUCAAAUAUUAUAAAUAAUGAAGA